CACACAUGUUUUUUCCGUUCUGGAUUAAGAUACUGCUUCUGUUAGGACAAUUUGCCGUGACGUUCACUCACUGUACUAGCAGAGUGGAGUAACUACGAUGUUGCAGAUGAAGAAUCGCAUAAAAUUCUGCUCGCUGGCAAUUGCGGCGGCCAAACUGUUUUCCAGACCGGUACGGAAUCCAAUUGUCUACCUCGACAUUGCAGCGGACAACGAACCUCUUGGGAGAAUCACGAUUGAGUUGAAUGCUGAUGUUGUUCCCAAAACGGCAGAGAACUUCAGAGCUCUGUGCACUGGAGAGCAUGGGUUUGGGUACAAAGGCUCUGUAUUCCACCGUGUUAUUCCCGACUUUAUGUGCCAGGGAGGAGAUUUUACCAAUCACAAUGGAACUGGAGGAAAGUCUAUCUAUGGACCCAAAUUCCAAGAUGAAAACUUCAAGCUAAAGCACACUGGGCCUGGUGUUUUGUCAAUGGCAAAUUCUGGGCCCAACACCAAUGGUUCCCAAUUCUUCAUCUGCACAGUUAAAACUGAAUGGCUAAACGGCAGACAUGUGGCGUUCGGUCAUGUGACGGACGGAAUGGACGUCAUCAGGAAGAUGGAGUCGUUGGGCUCUCACGAUGGGGGCACGACCAAGAGGAUGGUCAUCACAGACUGUGGGGAGCUCAAAUAGCACUGAGCCACAUUAGCAACCCGAUUACACCUGCUGCGAGAAUCCACUGAUCCACAGACCUAAAGCACUGAAGGAGACUUCCUGUCUAGUCUGGACCCUCAGUUUAUUUAGAAUCACAAAAUCCACUCGGUUUUUUUGUGCCACAAAGAGAUACACAAAUCCAGUUUGUGUCGGGUGAGAUGGGUACAUGGGCAUUUAAAAUUCACAAAAAAGGGCUUCUAUGCAGACAAAUUAGACCUCGGGAAUCCAAUGGCAUGAUUUUAUGGAAUCUGUCUCACCUUAAAGUCUUACAGAAUAUUUAUUCAUCCAUUUUGGUUUUCAGAUGAGGAUAUUCCUUCAGUUUCAUUUUCCGAUGAUUUGAUUUUUUACAGAAAGACAUGGUGUUUUUAACUUAUAAACAAGUUAAUUGUAAAUUGUACAUUUUAAUUGUAAAAUGCCAAUAAUUUGCCACUGGUUAAAAACUGCAGUCCUUUAAAAUGUUUUUGAUGUAUAGUAUUUGACCUAUGAAUGUUUAGAGGUGUCCCAAUUCUUCAAUGUUUAAAAGAGUUUUUUUAUGUACAGAAUUGAAGUGUAUGGGGACCUUGAGUAAUUAGCAGACCCUAUUAUUUUGAUACCUUCAGGAACUGAACCUUAGAAAAAGAUUAAAAACGCUACUUUGUAAAUUUC